UCCUAGAGUCUUAGAGUUUGACUAGUGUCGUAGUGCUGUGCAAGUUGGCACGACUCGUUCGCUGCCUUAGUUUGCUGUAUAAAUGAGAAGAACCGUUGUUCCAUUUAUUCUCUGACGGAUUAAAAUACUCUAAAAGGGAUAGCCUAUAAUUCCGCUGUACUGAUUUUCGAUUCGCGUUCCUCGUUUUCAUUAUCUCAGUUGUGUCGUCCAAACAUUUGCCGAGAUAAGAUGAAUCACUUGACAGGCAUAUGCGUACACAGAGUAUAGAUUGUUUUAGUUUAGUCGAUUAUUUUGUCCAUUGAUCUUCGUGGAUUCAAGCUACGACAGCUUUCAUACUAAAAUAUCUGCCAUUUGAUAAACUGAUUACAGGUAGCGGAACACCGGUGGUCUCAGCCUUGAGAACGUCCAAACACGCAACCUGACUCUACGAAUAAGACACCGGUGAACAAGCAGUGACUUUUUCGAAAGAAACCGGAUGCUCCAGUUCGCCUGGAAAACGUCAAAACGACAGCAAACGAAUAGAAACAAAGAAUUCUGUCAAUGCAUACGGUGAAGAACGAAGGAUCAAACAUGAUGACUCGUAUGCUGCUGCAAGAACCUGGAUGGAAAAUCGAGCGCAAAGGUUCAGCGUUGUUGCUUCGAAGGGACAGCUCGCAUCUGAAGAGCGGUCGAGUCUGUUUCCGGUGCGACGUCGAAGUCCAUGAAUUCGAGCGUGACGAGGAUUACACGAUCGAGGCGGAACCGGAGGCAGCUGCCAGUCCGCUGGCAAUGUGUGCCAGUUGCUUGGCGGCUCUUUGCGUGACCGUGAUUCUACCGUGGCUGUUGAUCGGUGGUUAAACACGCCUCUACGAACUGACAAUUUUGGGGAAGGAGGGGGCGGGGGGG